GCGCUCCCUCUUCCAUUUCUCCCUCUUCCUCCGUCUCCUUUCUCAACCCCGAAGCCAAUCACUAUACAUCUAUUCCGGCCUCAGCCGAGUACAUUCUUUACUUCACGUCACUCUUUACCUUUGGGGAGAAAAUCCAACACAAACUUACUAACUUUUGAAUUCAAUCCAUCUGUCUUUCUUUAGAGAAAACAAACAACUAGACAAAAUGCGUCUUUCUUUCGCUGCUGUUUUCGCCGCUGUGGCCGCUGGUGUUGUCGCUGAGGAGACAAUCACUCAUAUUGUUACGGAAACCGCCACUUACUGCGCCGCAUCUACUGCUGCUCCCAGCCUCCCUGCGAGCGAGUCUAUCAGCAUCCCUCCUGGCUACACCACUACUCGUCCUCUCAUCACCUCCACUGUGACUGAGUGCAACAAGUGCGAUAGCACCAGCGUCCCUGCCGGCACCCCCACCGGUGUCAACCCUGUUGACACUAUCUCUCCCAGUGGCAGCUAUCCUACUGGCAGCUCCUCUAGUGUCCCCGUCAUUCCCGUCAUCCCCAGCAGCUCUAAGGCUACUCCUAGCAGCUCCUCCAUCAAGCGCCCCAGCAGCAGCAGCAUUGUCGUCUCCUCCACCCCUCUGACUCAACAACCCACACACCCUGCUUCGACCAACGCUCCUGCUCCUUCGGCGUCCGGUCCUUCUGACGUCUCCCCUACUGGCUCUAGCACCACCCCUGCCGUCCCUCUCUUCACGAGCGGUGGCUCUCGCGCCGCUGUCGGUGCUGGUGCCGGUCUUGCGACCGUCUUCGGCCUUGCCGCUGUUCUGCUGUAAACUGACUUCACCCUCAAUGGAUGGACGGGUUGAUUAACUUUAAACGCAUCUUCAUAUUAUCCCUUUAAAUAUUUAUUCUCGGGGUCUGUCGUCAUGAAUGCGAUCCUAUGUUGCCUCUGAUUUUGGCGUAACCCGCUGAGGCUAGGGGUGAGAACAUAUCGCAUAGAUGUAUUUGGCUAUGAUGACGGAUUUAUUAAGUUCUUUGUACUCUUGUUGGAGGAUCUAGAUCACUGUUCAUUGGUGAUAUGACCGAUAGCAUACAUAUUGUAUUCACUUUUUUGAUAUCUUGACGGCUUUUUUUUUUGUUAAUACUUAUUUCGGAUGACUCAGAUCUCCUGUGUAUACCAUACAACCUUUAUAAUAACAUAAGGUAAAACGCUGGUUUUGAAAGCUCUA